CGCUGCCCACCCAGGCGUGCAGCUGGCUCUGGCUGCGCUCCGACCCGCCCGCGCUGCGGCCCCGCCUGCCCGCCUGGCAGCUCGCCGCCCUGCACCUCCUCCAGCUCGGCUUCCUCUUCAGGGAUGGGGACUCCACCACCUCCUGGGCAGCCUCUGCCAGUGCCUCAGAACCCUUUCAGUGAAGAAGUUUUCCCUGAUGUCCCAUCUGAACCUUCCUUGAUGCAGCUUGAGGUGGUUCCCUCUGGUUCUAUCAAGCGAAGGACUUUGGUCACGGGUCAGAGCAGUUUCCCCCUGGCCUGUGCAGCCGCUCAGCGCCGGUCCCCACGCAGGUGCCUGCACAUGCUCAGGGUGGGCUGGAAGGUGUGCUGGGCCCAGGAGGAGGACGAGGACGAGCAGAGCCACAUCGCCUUCCUCUCUCACGACAUCAGCAUGCUGCGCCUCUUCGAGACCUUCCUGGAGAACACCCCACAGCUCGCCCUGCUCCUCUACACCAUCCUGCACACAAAUGAGGCCAAACCCUCCCAGGGGCUGGGGAUCUGCACCGCCUUCCUCUGUGUGACUUGGUCCCUCCUGGAUUACCACCAGUCGCUGCGUGCCUUCCUGCAGGACAAGCACGCGCUGAGCCCGGGCUCCUCCUUCCUCUACUUCCUGUGGAACCUCUUCCUCCUCUGCCCCCGCGUCCUGGCCAUUGCUCUCUUUGCGCUGCUCUGGCCCUACGGCGUGGCCGUGCAUUUCCCCCUCGUGUGGCUCGCGAUGUUCCUCUGGGUCAGCCUCCAGGGCACGGACUUCAUGGAGUCGCCGGGCCCCGAGCAGCUCUACCGCGCCAUGGUGGCCGUCAUCCUCUACUUCAGCUGGUUCAACGUGGCGCCGGGGCGGACGCUGCCCCGCAGCAUCAUCUACCACAGCUUCGUGCUGGUGGACAGCGCGCUGCUGGCCCUGUCCUGGCUCUGGUGGCGGCCGCCUGACGACGGGCACGCGUACCUCGUGCCGGUGGUGGCGGCCGCGCUGCCCUGCUACCUGCUGGGGCUGGCGCUGCGAGGCGCCUACUACAAGUGGCUGCACCCCAACGUGCGGGCGCAGCGAGAGCGCGGCGGCGACGAGGUGGAUGCUGAUGGGGUGAGCUCCAGGCUGGCGUUCCGCUCGCUCUCAGGGCCGGAGCUGGUGAACAGGCGGAUGCGGUGCCUGGCCCAGGCCCACUGCCCCGUCCCCUGGCCCCCGUCCCCGCGCUCACUCAACGGCGUCGCGGCUGCCGAGUCUGCCGUGUGAGGCUCCAAAGUGCCUUUAGUGGAGAGAGGGAUGUGUUCGUUCUGCUCCGGGUUCUAAACCACUGCCCACGUUGUUCGGAGCACCUGGAGGGAGCGGGCAGAAAGCAGGGGUGAUGCGUGAGCCCCUGCACUUCUGUGGCUCUCACCGUGUGUUUGUGGGUGGGGGCCGACGUCUUGCAGCUGCGCUGCCGGGAUCUUCACUCACUAUUUAUUACAAGCUUUUUCCAAAAAAAAAAAAAAAAGGAAGGAAAACCCCAAGCAGUUUUUUCUGCCUGUGCCCCCCCGACGCCUGCUGCCGCGUUGGUGCUCAGGGAGGGCAGGGCGGAUGCGGGAGAGCUCGUCCCCUCCUUGGCAGCGCCUGGUUUGGUUUUUCUCUUCACAGCAGCGUUGUCCUCCUCCUGCCUUGCUGUUGAGGCCAAAGAUUGCCCGUUAUCACCGCGCUCGGGGAGGGACGGGACUCCCUGGCACGGGCAGGGCAGCGAGGGCUGUGCUCCUGCCUUGUGGCCACGCGUUGCCUCUUUGGAAACAGGGAAGCCGCUUCCAACGUAAAACCAUUGGCUCUGCCCGUUACCGGGUCCCUUCCCGCCUUUCCCUGCCUGCUGUGGGCCGAGAGAGAGGCAGAGCCAAUGCUUCGCACUCAGAGCUGGGUCCGGGGCUCGCAGUCACCCCUUCGCUCCGUGUCCAGGUUGGUGCUUUUCUCCCUCCUCAGCAAAUGCUCUUUGGGAUGGGGUUGGCAGUGCGUGGGCCUCAUGCUGGAGGCAGAGCCGUGUUGGAUGCAGCGUGGCUCAGCACUCCGGGCGUGUUCCAGCCCCUCACUGGCAUUUCCAAGCUGGAGUUGUCCGUGACCCAUUUUCCAGCCGCCCGUGGCCGGUGC